AAAUUUUAAGACAACUUGAGAAUCGUGAAGCUUGAGGAGGAGAUGAACCAAAUGGCAUGCAAAACCUAAACGCUCUCUCUUUGCUUCUUCUCUGGCCGUAUCAUCUUCCAAAACACAAAACCCUUAAAGUGAUUUUCACUCGAGUGCCACUAAACGGUUCGAUAUUGUGAGCUCAUUUGAUGGAGGAAUCAGUGAAACGGCGUGCAGGAUCCUCAAAUGCGAGAGAGGAUCUGAUAAGUAAAUUACCUGACGCUUUGAUAUCUCAGAUGCUCUCGUAUCUUCCGACAAAAGAAGCUGUUAGUACCAGUGUUUUGUCCAAUAGGUGGAAAACUGUCUGGCUUUUGAUUCCUGAGUUGGAUUUGAACUCUAGUGCAUUCCCAGAUUACAACGCCUUUGUGGGUUUUAUGGAAAAGUUUCUAGAAUUCUCUAAGAUAGAGAAUUCAUGUUUGCACAAGCUUAAGCUAAGUAUUCGUAAGAAAGAAGAGAAUGAUAACAAGUCUUGUGUCACGCGUUGGAUAGAUUUUGUGGCUAAGAGUAAACCUAAGCAUCUUGAUGUUGAGUGUCUUCUUUGGAAGAGUGAGAGUUUGGAAGUGAUGCCAUUAAGCCUCUAUAUUAGUAAGACGCUUCUUUACUUAAGACUCCAUGGAGUAAUGUUAGGUAAUGUUGAGUCUAUUUCAUUACCUUGUCUCAAGACUAUGCAUUUAGAGCAAAAUGUUUAUGCUAAUGAGACGUGUCUAGAGUUCCUUAUCUCAUCUUGCCCUGUUCUUGAAGAUUUGAGCAUCACUAGAACGGUAAGUGAUAAUGUAACUGUUUUACGAGUGUUUUCUAAGACACUAACCAGUCUCAGUGUAGCCUUUGAUUAUAGUGAGCAUCGUAGAGGGAUUCUUGGGUUUAAUAGCUUAGACUCUGGAGUUUUGAUUGAUGCACCUAGACUCAAGUAUUUGAAGUUCAGAAAUGAAUUAUCGCGGAGUAAAAUCGUAAGUAAUUUGGAUUCCUUAGCCAAGGUUGAAAUUGUUGGCCUCUUUGCUAUUGGCAAACCAUCAAACCAAGUGGCCCGUAACUUUUUCAUCGGUAUCUCGAGAGUUAAAGAUAUGAUUAUCUCUGACGUUGCUAUGAGGGUCAUCUGUUCCUACUUGAAAGAAGAAUCAUCACACCAGUUUUGCAACCUGUCCUGUUUGGAAGCAGAAAUCUCAUGUUCCAGAGGGAUAAGUAAUCUGCCAAUGUUUCUUGAUAGCUGUCCGAAUCUAAAAUCCAUCGUCUUGGUGAUUGAUAGCAGAAACCUAGAGGAUUUUUAUACUCACUCUACUUCAGUAACUAUCUUGUCCGCGCCUCAGUGUUUGUUGUCAUCCCUAGAGUUUGUAGAGAUAAAAUUCAGCAGAUUCGGCGUAAUGUCUCUUGGAAUUGGAGUAGCAAGGUACUUUGUUGAGAACUCAGUAGUUCUCAAGAAACUUGUUGUGCAUUCGAGGCGUCUCAUGUGUAAGAAAAGUUUGGUCGCCUUGGAGAAUCUCCUUGCAUUACCAAGGCGAUCUAGCAUGUGUCAAAUCGUAUCUGUUGUUGACGGUUAAAAGACUUUUAGGUAGGUCUAUGAUCAGACCGAAACUAGGAUUCUUAUAGAUUGGACUUGAAGGAUUUUGUUUUUUGUUGAAACUAUUUGAUGUUAUGAGCUUUGGGAAUAUUUAUUUAAGUAAAAGGUGACUAAUAAUUUGGAAGAUACAAAGAUUGUGAUUCUGCCUCAUGUGAUUUAGUUCUCCAGCCGGGUCUUGUCAUGGGGGAAAUGGGCGGUGUAGUUUGUGCAACGGACUAUUCCUAUCUGCUAGGACCAGCCGGCCAGGAAAUAUAUGAUUAGGGAUGUCAUUUGGUCAUGACCACGUCCAUAUGGGCCGUCUGUGCGGACAUUGUGCUCAUUUAAAACGUAAUAACAAUCUUCCAUUUGACUUCUAAUUUUAUUUUUUGUCAAUCGAGCUUUUGUAGCGGUUCUAAAUACAUGUUGGUUCUUGAAAGGUCAUUACACCUUCAAGCAAGCUUUUGUGCAAUCUAAUUAAAAUUGUUAUAGAUUAUUGUUAUGUAAAACUGGGAAAAA